AUGUCCGCCAUCACCCUCCACCACGGGAUCAGCUUCCCGCACCCCUCUCACGCGUCGGAGGCGCACACGGCCGACAUCUACUCGAUAGCCGUGUCAUCGCGCCACCUCAUCAGCUGCAGCAGAGACCGCAGCAUCCGCAUCUGGAACCUCGACGGCGACGGCCAACAACGGCUGGCGCACCCGGCCCUGCGCGGCGAGCACGCGUCGUCGGUGCUCUGUUGCAGCGUGCACGAGGAGAGCGACCGCUUCGCCAGCUCCGACGUUGACGGCAUCGUCGCCGUGUGGAGGCUGUCGACGGCGGAGCUGGUGGGCCGGUGGAAGGCGCACGCGGAUUCGGUGCUGGGGCUGGCGCUGGGGGCCAAGGUGCUGGUCACGGGCGGCAAGGACGGGGCGGUCAAGGUUUGGAACGUCGAGAGGACGGUCGCCGGGGAGGAACCGCCGUUCGGGCUGCUGGGCAGCAUGGGGGCGGCCGUGAACGCCGUGGUGCUGUCCAAGGACGAGAGCGACGUGUUUGCCGGGGCGGGGAACGGAGCGCUUCGGCACUGGCAUCUGGCGGGAGAGACGAAAGGCCGGGACUUCGAUGGUCGCCGGCGCGGCAUCUGCUCGCUUUCGCUGGCACGCGACGGGAAACGCGUGUUUUCCGGGCACUCGGGCGGCAGGGUGGGAAUCUUCGACGUCGAGCGGGCCACCGAGCUGGUUUCCUUCGACGCUCACGCCACCAGCAUGGCGAGAUCGGUACAGGCGGGCGCGGUGGGCGGAAGGGAGGACCUGGUUGUCUCGGGCUCGUAUGAUGGCACGGUCAAGAUCUGGAUGGAGCAGGCGAGCGGCAGGUGGGAGCUGGUGUCCGUCAUGAGCCUCCAACAGGAGUUCGACGCCGGCGACAAUCGAGUGCUUUCCGUCGCAUUCAACCAAAAUGUCGUCUUUUACUGCGGCCAAAGCCCGUACGUCUUCGCACGCCGCAUAGAGGCAUCGGAGGGGAUGAGGUGA